CUGGGCGGAUCCUUGGGCUCCCUACUUCGUGACGCGGAAAGGUCAUGACCGCGUGCUCGUGGCAGCAAGGCUCCAGCCCGACUUUGAUUUUUCACUUGCGGUUGACGCAGAGACUCCUACGGACACUGAAGAGACCCUGCUGUGUAGCGGACAGGAGGGCACAACAGCGAACUGUCGCGCAAGUUGCUGCGUGCAGGGCUGCAAGAGACCAAGAGGAGAUGGAAUUUGGUCCCACGAUGUGACCCAUGACUCCGGAGCCGGGUACGCUGUAGCAGUGGGCGGGGAUGAAGACCGUGGCUGGGAGGAAAUGCUGACCGACGCUGCUGGGAAUCUCGCCUA